GCCGGUACACGGCGGCCGUCGCUGGAGUCGGAGACUGCGGACUCUGGUUGCUAUCAACCGCGCUUGCUCGUAGUCAUACACUGAUUCCUGUUGUGCUGUAUCCAUUGCUGAAUCUGCUCAGAGAUGUCUAGUAGUUCCAAUGGCAAUGGGCACUAUCCUAUUAAUGGUGCAAAGGUUCCGCAAAAAAGAGAGAACAAGCAAGAGGUACAUGUUUUUCACGAUAAAAUGCAGCUAGACAAAAAUGCAGCUUUUAGGGCCUGUCAGAAGGAUAGACAUUACAUUGAGAAAUUGGAAUUGGAGCUGAGGAACUGCUAUCAGGAAAUUGACUACUUGCAGGAUCAGCUAAAUAUCCGAAAUGUUGAAGCAAACAUCAUGGGAGAGCAUAUCCAUAGUCUUGAGCUAAAACUAACCGAACUUGAAAAGUUUCCUGAAAGAGUGAGGGUCAUAGAUGAUGAGCUGAUGCGGUCUGAUUCUCAAUGCUGGCUUCUGAUGGAUGAAGUCCGGUGCCAAGAAGAGAAGUUAAAAAAGGCAGCCUUACAAAUAGAGAAGCUUGAGAAUGUAAAUUUGGAUUCCCAAUGCGAGAUUGAGAGCUUAAAACUUGAUUUAACUACACUUGAACAGAGACUGUUUGAUGCUGACAGCUUUGGUCAGCAUGUUUCUGCAGAUAAAGCAAUAGCAGAGAAUAAACUGAGUGAAUAUAAGCUCCAGCUGCAAGAGGCACAGAGGACUAUUGACCAUCUUGUACUUGAGAAUAAAGAACUAAAACAGUUGUUCCAUGGAGGAGCUGCUAAACAAUCUGCUUUGACAUCUGAUGAGCAACUUGAAGAAACAAUUGAGAAGAUUGAUGGUAAAGACUACGAGGACGGUGCAAUUCUUGAAAAGGUAGCAAAGCAGAGUGAAGAAUCUGAACUACUGAUUGAACAGCUGAAGGAAGAGCUUCGAGAACAAAAACUGAAGGCAAAGGAGGAUGCAGAGGAUCUCACCCAAGAAAUGGCUGAACUAAGAUACCAAAUAACUGGCAUGCUUGAGGAAGAAUACAAGCGCCGAUCUUGCAUUGAGCAGGCAGCUAUCCAACAAAUCCAGGAACUAGAAGCUCAGGUCUCCAAAGAGCAGAGAAAAUUAAGUGGAGCCCUGAGGAGAUUGCAGGAAUCGCAUGAACUAGCUCACAAGCAAUCUAUGGAGAUAAAGAAAUUGAAGGAUUCUUUAGGGAGGUUCAACUCUGCUAUGAACCUCAGGACAGUUUGCAGAUCUUGUUCUUGUGGGUUCUGUGCAAUGUUGAUAGAACUGUCUAACUGCUCUAUUGAAGGGCCAGUUGAUGUUAGAUCUUCCGAUGAGAAGCCACAGAACCAAGCGCUACUAGAAUGGCGUCCUGAUGAACCUGCUGAUGGUGAAACCGGCUAGAAUAUAGAAUGAGAGAUUUGCACUCAUGAGUGCAGUAGUUGUAGAUAAUUCUUUGUACCAAUAUUGUUCUGUAAAUGCGAUUUUGCAUUUGUAAAUCUUAGUUUGCUGUUCUAUUUCCAGAUUACUUUUCUAGCUUACUCUGGGAAUUGAGCUACAAGUUGCAAUGAAAAGUGUUUGUCAGACUUUUUUUUUCCAUGAAAACUAAAAUGUGCUUGAAAA